AGGUAAGCAGGCACUCCAGCUACUUGGCUAAUCAUGUCCUCCUGACACCUCGUCUCACCACACCUCGUAGCUCAGCAUGACAGGCAAAGGUGACCUCACCUAUCGAGACGCUCCGCCUCCCACCGUUCACCCAGAUCUCAGCUAUUGGGCUGACCUCUUCCCCGGCAAGCCGCAAUGGACGCCCUCCACUGCCCUUCCGCCCGGCUCACUCGCGGGCAAUAAGGCAAUUGUCACCGGCGGCUACAAUGGCAUCGGCAUCGAGACCGUCGACGCUCUCCUCAGAGCUUCUUCGGACGUUUGGAUCUUCGGACGCAGUCAGUCGAAGUGGCAAGACGGGAUCCAACAACUCAAGCAAAGAGAGGGCAUCAAAUUCACACUCCAGAAUGAGCCUAGACAACAAGGGGUGAGCCAACUGUCUUUCGCACAGAUGGAUUUGGGGGAUCUGCACAGCGUCAAGACAGCUGCGGAAAUGUACCUUGAAGCCGAGUCAAAGCUACAUAUGCUCUUCUGCUCGGCUGGGGUGAUGAUGCCUCCUUACGGCUCUCUCACCUCGCAUUCCCAUGAGCUGCAGUUGGGUACCAACGUCCUUGGCCAUCACUACCUGAUCAAGCUCCUCCUUCCCACCCUCCUCGCUUCCAAGAGCGCCACGUUCACGCCGCGGAUCUGUCUGACGUCUUCUGCAGGUCACGUACUUAGCCCCACGAGAGCUGGCCGAGCCUUUUCUCCUGAUGAUCCCUUUUGCGAGAAGGCAAUGAGCAAUUGGUUGCCCGGCAACCUCAAAUCGCUGAUGCAGUAUGGGAACAGUAAAAUGGGAAAUGUUCUCCAGGCCGGCAAAUUACACCGGACUUACUUCUUGGGAGAAGGAGGUGACGACGAGGCAGGUGGUCGCCUCAUUGUCACCUCUGUGCACCCAGGAGUCCUGAUGACCGAUCUACCGCGCCAUCUGUCUCCAGAAAAGCCCACGCUGUCAGAUCGGGUGAUGACUGCACUGGCGUACAGCAUUGUAUUUCCCGUGAUCGGCUAUGCGCCCUCCUUUGGCGCGCUGAACCAGCUGUAUGCGUGUACCUUGCCCGAUCAAGAGGCCUUCCGCGUCGGCCUGAGCGGCAGCUACGUGAGCCCUUGGUGCAGGCUGGGCAGGGCAAUGAGGAAGAGCGAGGACAAGUCGACGCAGGACGAUCUGUGGGACUGGUGCGAAGGCGAGGUGGAGCGGCUGACGGGGACCAAGCGAGGCAUCUAGUCGGAGAAGCAUGAGGGCAAAGGCAAGCAGCACCUUAAGUGGCUGCUCACUGCAGCGUGCGUGCGUGCGUAUGUAGGACGCACCGAUCUGCGUGUGAUCUAGAUCAGCCCCUACCUACCUUAUCUCGUCUGCGAUUCGCUGCACAGAGGCAUGACAGAUCUGGCCACUCUAUUUCCUCAUCCUUGGC